AUGAUAGUUUUUAUCAUCCUGCUUCUGGAUUACAUCAUCAUCUUGGGAGGAAACAGCAUGAUCAUUUUAGUGGCAUCUACUGAUCCAAAGCUCCACUCUCCCAUGUAUUUCUUCCUCUACCACCUCGCCUUUGUGGACAUUGUCUACACCACCACCAACAUCCCCAAAAUGCUCUCCGGCUUCCUGAUAGACGUGAACACCAUUUCAGUCCCGGGCUGCUUCCUCCAGAGGCAAUUUGUCAUUCAACUAUCAGUUACUGAAUAUGCCAUCCUGACCGUCAUGGCGUACGACCGCUACGUGGCCAUCUGCCACCCUCUGCGCUACACCGCCAUCAUGACUCGGACCGUCCGGCUGCUUCUUAUCGUAGGAGCCUGGGGCUUCGGCAGCUUCUGCUCGCUGCCAUCCACUUUCCUGACCUGGCAGCGGACUUACUGUGGCCCGAAUGUGAUAACACAUGCCUGGUGCGACCCGUCAUCUGUAAGGCGGCUGGUCUGCGGCGACACCAAGAUCGAUAACUUUGUUUCCAUUUCGUUCGCCAUAGUGGCGCUUCUCACAACAGGGGUCCUCAUCCUCACAUCCUAUAUCCUGAUUGGUAUUUCCAUAUCGAGGAUGGGGGUCGCUCAGAGGCUGAAGGCCUUCGGGACGUGUGCCGCCCACCUGACCGUGGUGUCCACCUCUUACAGCAUGACCUCGUUUGUUUACAUCUCCUACCGGGUGGGGAACUUUUCAUCUGAGGUAAGAAAUUCAUACCCUCCUUUGUCGACCAAUCACAGAGCCAGCGUUGUCAACGGCACUUUGGAGUCUGAUGGCGUGACUUUCUUCAUCAUUGAAGGCCUCGCCGGCCUUGGCGAGAAAAAGAUGAUAGUUUUUAUCAUCCUGCUUCUGGGUUACAUCAUCAUCCUGGGAGGAAACAGCAUGAUCAUUUUAGUGGUACAAAACAAAGCCUUCUAUUAG